AUGCAGCUGGAACCUGGCCGUCCUGGCGAACCUUCUCCAGGAAUGAGCAUCGAGGAGAUCAGCUUGAAAACAGUUGACCUCCAGACCUGCCCCGGAGGUCCCGUUCGCCACGACGACAAGGAUACGCGCAUUACAGUUGCGAGCUAUGUUGCUGACCUGGAGAUGGCGCUACAUGCUCAUGGCACCUACGUGGAAGUCUCCAUUGAAGCCCCAUUCUCGAGCCUGUCUACAAGAAUGGAGGUUGUUGGGACAAGUGCCAGCAGAAAGCUGGUCCUCCUGCAGAAUCUUCUCCAGGACAUGGUGAGGAGGUCUGCUUGCCAGCAGAUAUGA